GCUCCCCUCCAUCCAGGCGUGGUCGACCUGAUGUGAGGAUCGAGAAUAGGAGGGCUUAUAAGUCACCCCCCCUCACACACUCUCCCAUGACGGGGGGCAGCCUGGCGGCGGCGCGGUGGUCGGGGGAGCGCACGGCGCACACAGCGGGACGCACAAGGGAGCCAGCGAGCGGAGCGCGCACACAAAGAGACAGUCGGCGCGGCGGGAUGCGCUCUUAUUUUGACACUCUGCUCGCACUCGCUUUUUAAGGGGAAAGUAGGAAAUUGAGCCAUCAUCACACCUCCCCACCCCCCCUGCCCCCCUCACCGCCAAACCCCCCCUUUUGUUUUUUAAACAUAUAUAUUUUUUGGGGGGAAGGACUGGACUACCACUUGUGCCCUCUUCUGCUCCUCCGGAUGCUCAGAAAUGGGGGAAUGGACUAUACUAGAGAGGCUCCUGGAGGCUGCUGUCCAGCAGCACUCUACUAUGAUAGGAAGGAUCCUGCUGACAGUGGUGGUGAUCUUCCGCAUCCUGAUCGUGGCCAUCGUGGGGGAGACGGUGUACGAUGACGAGCAGACCAUGUUCGUGUGCAACACCCUGCAGCCGGGGUGCAACCAGGCGUGCUACGACAAGGCUUUCCCCAUCUCGCACAUCCGCUACUGGGUCUUCCAGAUCAUCAUGGUGUGCACGCCCAGCCUGUGCUUCAUCACCUACUCGGUGCACCAGUCGGCCAAGCAGAAGGAGCGCCGCUACUCCACCGUCUACCUGACCCUGGACAAGGAGCAGGACUCGCUGAAGCGCGACGAGGGCAAGAAGAUCAAGAACACCGUCGUCAACGGCGUGGUGCUGCAGAACACCGAAAACUCCACCAAGGAGGCCGAGCCGGACUGCCUGGAGGUCAAGGAGACCCCCAACUCGGCCGCCGCCAGAACUACAAAGUCGAAAAUGAGGCGCCAGGAGGGCAUCUCUCGCUUCUACAUCAUCCAGGUGGUGUUCCGCAACGCGCUGGAGAUAGGCUUCCUGGUGGGCCAGUACUUCCUGUACGGCUUCAACGUGCCCUCCGUGUACGAGUGCGACCGCUACCCGUGCAUCAAGGACGUCGAGUGCUACGUCUCCCGGCCCACGGAGAAGACCGUCUUCCUGGUCUUCAUGUUCGCCGUCAGCGGCUUUUGCGUGGUGCUCAACCUGGCCGAACUCAACCACUUGGGCUGGAGGAAAAUCAAAACAGCCGUGCGGGGGGUGCAGGCCCGCCGGAAGUCCAUCUACGAGAUUCGGAACAAGGACCUGCCAAGGAUGAGCGUGCCCAAUUUCGGGCGCACGCAGUCCAGCGACUCGGCUUACGUCUAGGAGAGGAACUUUGGAGGCGCGCCUAAAAACUUAACCGAUUAAUGACUUUUUCCAACAGUGGGCAAGUUUUAUUUCCCUUUCUCUUCAUUUUUUGGGGUCUCUGAAGGACUUUGUAACAGGCGUGGACUACGUGUGCUUACUUAUUCAAUAUGAUUUACAAGGUUUUGACUGCACUGAUGCAACUUUUUAGUAGCGUUUCUACGUAAGAGGAACCACCCGCCCACUGGACACUUCAUUAGGGACACCUGCCUUUCCAAAAAGAGCCGCCUUUGAGGUAUUAAAGUAACAAUAUGCGCAUUCGUGUGGCACCGUUGCACCGCUGCAAACUGCUUAGGUUAGUGCCUCAAAAGCACAAUUCGUGCGGGUGUGCCUAAUGUAGUGGCCAGUCAGGGAGGACAAUGCAAAAAAACAAGAAAAAAAAAAGAUGCACUCAGGAGGUGAACUCUGUCCAAAAUGUGCUUCUUCCUGCAGUUAAAUGGCACCAUCAAUAGGACAUCCAGAUCUAUGAAUAUAUAAAUAUACAUCAUGUAUUUUGUUGCCUGUGUCACACCACUUGACCUUAAACAUGUAAGUAACUGUUCCAUCGCUUUUUAUCAAACUUGCAGCAAAACGCUAACGUCUGUGACACAUUUUAGGACACACCAAAGCGCCCACGUUUUUGUUUGUAUUAUUAUUAUUUGUCAAGUUGCUUCUUCUCUUUUUUGUCUGUGUAAUCAAGUGCCAUAAUUGUAUAUAGACAUAAUAUAAAUGUAUACAUAUUUAAAUAUAUAAAUAUAUAUAUAAAUAUAUAUAAUAACCAUCAUCAAGAAGCUAAUUCCACCUGCUUGGAUAAAAUGCUAAAAAAAAACUUUUUUAGAUUAAUUACCAAAAAAGUAUUUAAAAAUGUAUUUGUGAUUUCAUCUGGGAAUUUGAAUUACAAUAAAAUGCCUCCCUCAGCCUAAUCGAAAGCUCAAAAUAUGAACUAUAGCACAAACUGACAUUUUUAAUUAAAGAAAGUAUGAUUAAAGAUCUGCUUUGGUGCUACAGUUUUUGUUUUCUUUUCCACAGAACAGUUCUAAAAUGUAACCACAAAAAAAACAAAAAAACACAUCCGAGGAAGAAAUGACAAGCAUAAAUCUGUUUUUUUUUUCGUGAAAAAUAAAGAGUGGGAUUCAUGUACACCACAAAUGUGUGAGGCGCAGUGCUUUAUCUUGAUUGUCGACAUUAUGUACAGUGUGUGUGUGUGUGGAAAUUUGGCCUUGGUGCAGUGACUGUAGCCCCGCCCACAUCCACUGCAGGACACACCUUACACAGGGGGUGCUACAACUGCGAGGCUGAUGCUGCAUCGACUAAUUACAGCUAAAAAUAAUCACACCGGCCACAUUAUUAGGUACA